AUCUAUCACUUGUCUCUUUCUAUCUGUCAACUUUUGUCUGUUUGUCAUUGUCACUUUGUCCGUCUGUCAUUUCAUCAUUGUUAUUCCUUUUCCUUUUGACAAGUGUAAACUUUGAAGGAAGUUACUUUCCGUCAACAAUUUUUGAUAAAUUUACAGAAAAACCAUGGAUAUGGUAAUUUCAACUUUACAGCAGCAAAGACAAGUGACGGAGCAACUUCGUCGUGAAGCUGCAAUUAAAAGAGUAACAGUGAGCAAAGCUUGUGAGGAUAUUAUGAAAUAUAUCACCGAACACGAGCAGGAAGAUUGUUUACUCGUAGGAUUUUCUUCGCAAAAAUCAAAUCCAUUUCGUGAGAAAAGUUCCUGCAUUCUUCUCUAGUCAAUGUUUAAUGUGUUCGUUUGGAAAUUAACCAAAAA